AAAUGUAUCUGUAUUCAUUAUUCCUCGGAGCUCUGGCUCUGUUGUCUACUCCGGCAAUAGUAACGGCGGCAGACACAACACAACAUGAAGUCGUCGAGCAGCUACAAAGAGUCCCAGACGGAUGGGUGCAAGGCCCGAGACCGUCACCCUCGAUGCUAAUGCAAUUUCGUCUUGCCAUGACUCAACCACGAGCCGGCGAGUUUGAACAACACGCGAUUAACAUUGCAACACCCGGCCACGAGUUGUACGGCAAACACAUGAAACGUGACGACGUCAAGGCCUUCAUGCAACCUUCCGCUGAUGUUUCGAAUGCCGUCGUAUCAUGGCUAAGGUCAGAGGGUAUAUCGGAGGACUUGAUGGAGAUAGACAGCGAUUGGGCCAAGUUUAUUGUUCCGCUGAAACAAGCAGAGAGGAUGCUGAACACCACAUUUUAUAUAUUCCACGAUGAAGACACGACCGUGUUUCGAGUGCGCACUCUACAGUACUCGGUACCCAGCAAGAUCUAUCAACAUAUCAAGCUCAUCCAACCAACGACGCAUUUCGGGCGAAACAAGGCUCAUAAGAGCUUUGUUUACGAUCAACGAGAAAUUGCAGUGGUUACGCAAGUUGAUUGCAACGUGUCUAUUACGCCGGAUUGUCUUCGAGAACUGUAUAAACUAGGGGACUUUGUUGCAAAUCCAGAUCCCCGCAACAAGCUAGGCAUUUCGGGUUACCUAGAGCAAUAUGCGAGAUACGAUGACCUGGAGGCAUUUUUGGAACAAUACGCAUCAAAGGCCGCGGGUGCUAAUUUCACUGUCCAUGAAAUCAAUGGAGGGUUGAACGAUCAGGAUUCAAAUGCCGACAGCGUCGAGGCCUCUCUUGACAUUCAAUACGGUAUUUCUUUGUCCUACCAUGUGCCAACGAUCUUCUUCACCACAGGAGGUCGUGGUCCCCUAGUUCCUGACCUGAGCCAGCCUGACCCGAAUGCUUCGUCCAACGAACCUUAUUUGGAGCAGCUUCACUACUUGUUGGAUCUUCCAGAUGAAGAAUUACCAGCAGUUUUAUCUACCUCAUAUGGUGAAAACGAACAAACUCUUCCAGAGUCGUAUACAAACACUACAUGUGGUCUAUUUGCUCAACUUGGAGCUCGAGGCGUGUCAAUCAUCUUCAGCAGUGGAGAUGAAGGAGUCGGUCAGGCUUGUCUCACAAACGAUGGUACUAAUAGAACAAGAUUCAAUCCUAUCUAUCCCGCUUCCUGUCCAUUUGUCACUUCUGUCGGGGGAACAUACCGGAUCAAUCCAGAGCGAGCAGUUCCUUUCUCUUCUGGAGGGUUUUCAGAGCGCUUUGCUCGUCCGUCGUAUCAAGAAAAAGCUGUUACCUCUUAUCUGUCUGUUCUCGGUGAUCGCUGGCAGGACCUCUACAACCCAGAGGGACGAGGAUUCCCCGAUGUGUCUGCCCAGGCUCAUGCUUAUGUUGUGCGAGAUCACGGUAGUUUCAUCCAAGUGGACGGAACCAGCGCCUCCGCACCAACUUUCGCAGCAAUCGUUUCAGACCUGAACUCGGUCAGACUAGCGAACAAUCAAACCAGCCUCGGGUUCUUGAAUCCAUGGCUGUACGCACUGAAUGGCUCGGGUUUUACAGAUAUCGUAGACGGCGGCUCAACUGGUUGCACCGGCAAAAAAUCUCGAUCUGGUGAAACGACACCGUACGUUCCUCAUGCCAGCUGGAAUGCUACUCCUGGAUGGGAUCCGGCCACUGGUUUGGGGACGCCUCUUUUUGAUGCCUUGUCUCGGCUUGCUUUGGAGGCAUAAGGUUUUUGUUAUUGGUAUUAUUAGAUCAAAGACGGCAGUCUGUUCAUGCUUGUAGGGCAUGAGGUAUACA